UUGUAGCAAUCACUGUUCACACUGCAGUCUUCACACCCUAAACCCCUACUCUUCUGCUUCAACUUUUCUUUUAAACCUCACUCGCUAGUCGAGUGUCCGUCUUCUCCUCCGCUGAAAAACCCUAACCCUAACCCUAGACAUGUCAAUCUUCUCUCGCCUCCGCCACUACUCCACCACCUCCAUCCUCUCCCCGAACUCAUCCACCCCCCUAACCUCAAAGCAAAAAACCCGCAGCGCCAUCCACCUCCUCAAAUCGGAGACCAACCCGGAGCGCAUCCUCGACAUCUGCCGUGCCGCCGCCCUCACCCCUGACUCUCACAUCGACCGCCGUGCCUUCUCCCUUGCCGUCUCCAAGCUCGCCGCCGCCCACCACUUCGCCGGCAUCCGCACCUUCCUCGACGAUCUCAAAACCCGCCCCGACCUCCGCAACGAAAAAUUCCUCUCCCACGCCAUCGUCCUCUACGGCCAGGCCAAUAUGCUCGAUCACGCCAUCCGCACCUUCACCGAAGACCUCCCCUCCCCUCGCUCCGUCAAAACCCUAAAUUCCCUCCUCUUUGCUGCCCUCCUCGCCAAGAACUACAAAGAGCUCACUCGAAUCUACCUCGAAUUCCCCAAAACUUAUUCAAUUCAACCAAACCUAGACACAUACAACACCGUAAUCAAGGCCUUUGCCGAAUCCGGUUCAACCAGCUCCGUUUAUUCCGUUCUCGCUGAAAUGGAUAAGAAUAACAUUGCACCUAAUGUCACCACUCUGAAUAACUCGCUCUCUGGCUUUUACCGCGAGAAGAAGUUUGAUGAUGUAGGGAAGGUGUUGAAAUUAAUGGAGAAGUAUAGUGUUUUUCCUUCUAUUAGUACUUACAAUGUUAGGAUUCAGAGUUUGUGUAAGCUGAAGAGGUCUUCGGAGGCGAAGGCGUUGCUCGAGGGGAUGGUUUGUAACGGGAGGAAGCCGAAUUCAGUUAGCUACGCGUGUUUGAUCCAUGGGUUUUGUAAAGAGGGGGACCUUGAGGAGGCCAAGAGGUUGUUCAGGGACAUGAAGAGGAGAGGUUACUUGCCUGAUGGGGAGUGUUAUUUUACGCUCGUGCAUUUUCUGUGUUGCGGUGGUGAGUUUGAGGCCGCGUUGGAGGUUGCUAAGGAGUGUAUGGGGAAAGGUUGGGUUCCGAAUUUUACUACCAUGAAGAGUCUCGUGAAUGGGCUCGCUGGUGCAUUGAAGGUGGAUGAGGCGAAGGAGGUUAUUAAGCAGAUUAAGGAGAAGUUUGCUGAGAGUGGGGAUAAGUGGGAUGAGAUUGAAGCUGGGUUGCCUCAGUGAGAAAGAGUGUGGUCUCCUUUGUAUUGUACAAUUCUUUGAUCAAUUGGAGGGGAGCACUGAAAAUUGAAUUAACUAUGGAAUAUCAGCUUUGGAAUAGCUUUAUUUUGUUUUGCCAUUUCUUCUAGCCAUUGGCCUUUUUGCUUGCUCGAAUGAAUUCAUCGGUGACUGGUAAUUUUGCCAGGUUAGUUUAACAUGUUCGCUGUUGUUAGGCAUGCUUUGUUUUCCUUGAUUGAGUAAUAAAUAGAUUUGGAAAUGGUUUUGCAGACAGUUUUCUGUUUGUUUCCAUCUGUUUUGCCUCUUUAAAAUUGUAUUACCCCCUUUUUUUCCGAAGGGAGAAUGAUCAUACACUGCAUGGGAGCUCUUAUGGACCUGUAUAUUUCAUUUCUGUAUUAGUUUAUUACUUUCUGU